AUGCGAAAAACUCUGAAAGUUGUACCAUUAUUACUCGAGGCUCAGAAAGCGUUGCAAUCGUUUUUUGAUCUUUUUCUUUUGAAAAACCGUUUACCGCUUCCGACUUUGCUUGCACCGUACAUCAUCGCGUUAGUACUAGCAGCAUUUGGUGUCUGCUUACAAUUAGCAGUCCAGAUAGUGGCAAUAAGACGAAAUUUAUUGCAAGUGUAUCGUGGUGACGAUUCCGAAUUGCCACAUCGUUCAAAACUGGACAAUGUUAGCACAGCCAUGGGAAAUUUUCACUUCGCUGGUAGGUAG